AUGUCGACAGAUACUUCCAUUCCCACAGAUGGCACAGGUGUCAUCCAGCUAGACCCAUGGCUGGAACCGCAUCGCGAUGUCUUGAAACACAGAUUCCAAGUGGUCGAAACUUGGGCUAAGACGAUUAAAGAGACAGAAGGUGGUCUGGACAAGUUCAGCAAGGGCUACGAAACCUUCGGUCUGCAUGCGCAACCAAACGGCGAGAUUAGAUACCGUGAAUGGGCCCCCAAUGCAGUUGAGGCCUCUUUGGUCGGCGAAUUUAACAACUGGGACCCCAAGGCCAACCCCAUGACGAGGAACGAGUUCGGCAUCUGGGAUGUAACGGUUCCGGCAAAGGACGGCGCGGCCGCUAUUCCCCAUGACAGCAAGAUCAAGAUCACAAUGGUGCUCCCCAAUGGCGAGCGUAUCUACCGUCUCCCCGCAUGGAUCAAGCGUGUGGUCCAAGACCUCACAGUGUCCCCCGCAUACGAUGCUGUCUUCUGGAACCCGCCCGCGGAAGAGCGCUACAAGUUCCAGCACCCGCGGCCCAAGAAGCCCGAGAGCCUGCGCAUCUAUGAAGCGCACGUCGGCAUCUCGUCGCCCGAGACGCGGGUCGCGACAUACAAGGAGUUCACGAAGAAUAUGCUGCCCCGCAUCAAGUAUCUCGGAUAUAAUGCCAUCCAGCUGAUGGCCAUCAUGGAGCACGCUUACUAUGCUAGCUUCGGAUACCAGGUUAAUAACUUCUUCGCGGCCAGCAGCCGUUACGGUUCUCCAGAGGAUCUGAAGGAGCUUGUUGAUACUGCCCACAGUCUUGGACUGGUUGUGCUGCUUGAUGUGGUCCACAGCCAUGCUUCCAAGAACGUCAUUGAUGGACUCAAUGAGUUCGAUGGAACGGAUCACCUUUACUUCCAUGGGGGCGCCAAGGGCCGACAUGAGCUGUGGGACAGCCGUCUGUUCAACUAUGGGAACCACGAGGUGCUGCGUUUCCUUUUGAGUAACCUGCGCUUCUGGAUGGAGGAAUACCAGUUCGAUGGAUACCGCUUCGACGGCGUGACCAGCAUGCUCUACACACACCAUGGUAUCGGAACUGGCUUCUCUGGUGGAUACCACGAGUACUACGGCCCAUCCGUCGACGAAGAGGGCCUCACAUACCUGACACUCGCCAACGAGAUGCUACACGAACUCUACCCAGAGUGCAUCACAGUCGCCGAGGACGUUUCUGGCAUGCCCGCUCUGUGUCUCCCCCACAAGCUCGGAGGAGUCGGCUUCGACUACCGCCUAGCCAUGGCCGUCCCCGACUUGUACAUCAAGCUCCUAAAGGAAAGCACCGACGACGAGUGGGACAUGGGCAACCUCUCCUUCACCCUAACCAACCGCCGCCACGGGGAGAAGACCAUCGCCUACGCCGAGAGCCACGACCAAGCCCUCGUCGGCGACAAAUCCCUAAUGAUGUGGCUCUGCGACAAAGAAAUGUACACCCACAUGUCCACCCUCACAGAAUUCACCCCGGUAAUCGAACGCGGCAUGGCCCUCCACAAAAUGAUCCGCCUAGUAACCCACUCACUGGGCGGCGAAGGCUACCUAAACUUCGAAGGCAACGAAUUCGGCCACCCAGAAUGGCUGGAUUUCCCCCGCGAAGGAAACAACAAUUCCUUCUGGUACGCCCGUCGCCAGCUAAACCUAACAGAAGACAAACUCCUCCGCUACCAGUUCCUGAACGAAUUCGACCGCGGCAUGCAGCACGCCGAGCAGAAGUACGGCUGGCUUGCGUCUCCGCAGGCGUACGUCAGCUUGAAGAACGAGACCGACAAAGUGCUUGUCUUUGAAAGGGCCGGUCUGCUCUUCAUUUUCAAUUUCAAUCCGUCCAAGAGCUUCACGGAUUAUCGCGUUGGCGUUGAGGUCGCCGGCACUUAUCGUAUUGUGCUUGAUACCGAUGAUAAGGUGUUUGGCGGGCUGGGGAGGAAUCUUAAGGAGACCAGGUUCUUUACGACGGAUUUGGAGUGGAAUGGGAGGAAGAAUUUUGUGCAGGUUUAUAUUCCUACGAGGACGGCUUUGGUCCUUGCUCUGGAAAGCACUCUGUAA